GCCCGGCGCGACGCAGCCCACGUGCCGCCGCCGCCGCCGCCGCCGCGCUGGAGGCCAUGGUGCUGGACCCGGGAGCGGCGGCGGCCGGCAAGCUGGGCGCCAGCGCCGCCCCACGCCUGCCCCACCGCCAUGGCCCGCCGCUCUGCCCCUGCCCGUGUCCCCCGCCGCCGCCACCGGGACCCGCCGCCCGCUACCCGCGGGGAACCCGGCGUCUAUCGGAAACCGGCGCCGGGAUGCGGCCGCACGAAAGCGCGGGGGGGCGCGGGGGGAUGCGCGCCGCCGCCUCCCUGCCCCACAUCGCGCGGGGGCGAGGGGAGGAGGGCGGCGGGCGGCGGAGCCCCUGCCUGCUCGUGGCGCUGCGGCCCCGCAACGUGGAGGCGGAACGGGAGCGGUUCUUCCGCGCCAGUUUCGCCUACGACCCGCAGUUCGAGUACGCCGAGCCGGUCCCCGCCGCCGUGUUGGAUAAAUACGGGGCCGCCUCCGAUCGUUUCGUCGUUCAGGCGAUCAGGAUCAUUCGUGCCGUCCUGGAGAAGUACGGGACCUAUGAGAGCUUUGAAGUUGCCACGGGCGGGAGGCUGCUGAACAAGUGCCAGAUCUGGUCUGUGAUCCGAAAGUACAUGCAGAAGGAAGGCUGCGUGGGAGAGGUGGUGGUGCAGCUCACCGAUGACCUCCUGUCCCAGGCAGUGAUGAUGGUGGAGGACAGCCGGCCAACGCUGGCCAUCAACCUGGCCGGAGCCCGGCAGCACUGGCUGGAGGGGAUGCUGCGCCAUGAGAUAGGCACCCACUACAUCCGGGGAGUGAACAACACCCACCAGCCCUGGCACAGCUCCGAGGGCCGCAAGCAGUACAGCCUGAAGCCUGCCAACCCCACGGAGGAAGGCUUGGCCAGUCUGCACAGUGUCCUCUUCCGCAAGCAGCCCUUCCUGUGGCGGGCAGCCCUGCUCUACUACACCAUCGAGCGGGCCAGCCGCCUCUCCUUCUCCGCCCUCUUCCAGGACCUGGAGCAGUACGUCCAGGAUGCCGGUGUCCGGUGGGAGUACUGUGUGCGGGCAAAGCGGGGCCAGACCGACACCUCGCAGCCAGGCUGUUUCAGUAAGGACCAGGUCUACCUGGAUGGGAUUCUCCGCAUCCUGCGCCAUCGGCAGACCAUUGACUUCCCACUGCUGGCUGCGCUUGGAAAGGUCUCCUAUGAAGAUGUGAAUCGGCUGAAGAAAUUUGGGGUGCUGGAGAAGGCCCGCAUCCCCCAUUUCAUGCAGGACCUGGAGCGGUACAUGAAGCAGCUAGACCACAUCGUCACCACCAACGGCCUGAAUGAGGAGGAGCUGGAGCAGCUGCUGCCCAACUGAGGGGCAUUUCCCUCUCCGAAACCAGUGCCCCAAGGGUGUAACUGGUGCCAUUUAUUGGGUAUUUUCUGGGGCUGGAGCCUGGAGGAGAGGGCAGAGCCUGGGCCUCCUCCCCUGCGCCCAGGCAGCUGCUGUGCAUGUACCGCUGUGUAGGAUAGUGCAGCUGAGAGGGCCAGUGUGGUUAGUGUUGAUGUAUUCCCCCAUCCCAGCACCGUCCACCCAAAAUAGCAUUUUGGGGACAGCUGCACAGCGCCGCAUGGCUUUGGGGAGCUGGAGAAGAGGGUUCAGAGGGAGCAAGGGCAGAGCUGGGGAGAUGUACUGGUCCCCCAGAGGUACAGGAGGCUGUGCUGGGGUAGUUGUAAUGGCAGGGGAUGCCCUUGGUGUGCUCCCAGCACCAUGGAGACACUACCUCCGGGCCAGUAGAUAGGUCUGGGGGCUCUGGGCUGUGCCUGGCAGGGAGUAAGGGCAGGCCUGCAUCCACUGCUUGCCCUGUGUAUGCAUUUCCUGCUCCCUACCCCUUCCCUCAUGCCCCUUACCAGCAGCAGGAAGGACUUUAAUCCCCCAAAUACCAAUCUCUGCUCUCCCCACUUCUCAUAGAUACUUGCCCACAAUUAAAACAUUGGCCUGCAGCCCAACUACAGCCACUCUGCCUGGCUCUGAGGCACAGGAGGACUCAAGGUGGGGAUUGGGCUUGAUGUAAGGAAAAAGCGUGUAAUAAAAAUGAUGUAACGGAAACAACAUGUGGGCUGAAGGUUGUGGAUGGCAUCAAAAGCCAGGCUGGCACUGCUGUGAACACUGUCAGUGCAUCUCACUCGCACAGGAAAAGCUGUGUGGUGGCUCCAAGCUGAUGCAUCAGGAGCAGGAAGGGGUCACUGGAGUGCGUAAAACAACAUACUGGGCAGGGACAUUAAUAAAUCAAAGUAGGCAAAAGCAGAAGUUGCCCUGAGC